AUGGCCAAAAACUAUGGCUUCAUUGUCUGCAUUCUUGUCUUGGUCUUGGACAUUGUUGCUGGCAUACUUGGAAUUCAAGCAGAAAUAGCUCAGAACAAGGUUAAGGACUUGAAGAUGUGGGCAAUGGAGUGCAGGGACCCUAGCUAUGAAGCUUUCAAGCUAGGAGUUGCUGCUUCCAUUUUCUUGGUCUUUGCUCAUGCAAUUGCUCACUUGCUUGGUGGGUGCAUUUGGAUGCGGUCCAAAGACGAGUGCCUUAGAGCCACUGCCAAUAGACAAUUAGCAGUGGCUUUUCUCAUCUUAUCAUGGAUAUUACUAGCGAUUGCUUUCUCCUUGCUGAUAUUAGGGUCCUUAGCCAACUCAAGAUCAAGAGAAUCGUGUGGAAUAUCAAACCGUCGUUUUCUAUCCAUUGGAGGGAUUUUGUGUUUCAUACAUGGCUUGUUCACCAUUGUCUAUUAUGUCUCUGUAACAGCUACUAGAAGGGAGGAAAAGAGGCAGGAAACCCCAUUGUAG